AUGGCUUCUACAUCUUUAUAUAUCCCAGACAUGCGUCUUGCCGUAGAACAGAAAACAGUGCCAGGAAGUUUUCGCAAGAAUAAAACGAUUUUUGAAUUCCCUACCCUCUCUUAUGUUGAACAUAACGGAAAAAACUUCUUAUGGACAAUCAGAGUCUGUCUGAUUCGUUUUCGGGAUGAUAGCGAACCUUUUGGCCAUUACGUACCGAUUCUUACUAAAUAUCUAGACGGGAGGCCUCUGCAAAGUGCGACAGACACUUUCAUUGCUGAAAUCUCUGUAGAGGCUAGGCAGGAAGGAGGAAAAAUCCGUGAUGCUAAACCUACUUGU